CCCGAAGAGGACAGGAACAGAGUGAAGGUGGUCAGUUUGUUUCCAGCCAUCCUAUUGACAAGGCACAAAGAUUCUUCAUAGUACGUCCCCCCCAUCCAACAGGUCAGGAUGGCACGGGACAUGUCAGAUAAGGAUGUCCUCAAGAUGGAGUUGGACCAGCUGAAGAAGGAGCUGAAGACCCAGAGAGAACCGGUCUCAACCACGGCCAAAGAGAUCGUUGAAUGGGUGGACAGCCAGUCUGCUGAUGACCCCCUGAUCAAAGGUGUCUCAGAGGAGGCAAACCCCUACAAGCCGGAGAAGGGCGGCUGCAUAAUAACUUAGCCCGGGGGAGAGGGGUAACCCUGUGCAAAUAGAUGGGGACAUUUUGACCAAGCUAUGAAGAGAGAAUAACAGCUAAGCAGCUAUGAGUAAGCUUUGGGUUAGAUUGCUUUUUUUGUUUGUUUGGUUUUUUCGUCCGCGUAGAAACCGAAACUCAUUAAUAAAUAGCUCUGAAUAAGAUUUAGGUGAAGAUCCAGAUUGUUCCCAGGACAUCCUGGGAGUCAAAGAUCAAUGGACUCGAGAGUGGGAAGAGAAACAGUUUUUGUCUUGUUCCGACUUGUCCUGCGUAAAUACUACAGUGUGCGGUCUGUCCCCGCCGCUACCUUGCCCUCUUCAUCAAAAGGAGCUCCGCGCCCCUGGAUCCCUGCCCUCUCCAGUGAAGCUCGCUCCAACCGACAGCUUCAGAGCAUCCCAGCAGGGAGCAGGGCCUUGU